CAAUCUUUAAAAUAUGACCUUCAGCUUGGGUAGCCUAACUCACGCCGAAAUACUUUGAUGGCGUUCCUUUUCUAUGAACAUUUGAAUCGUGUUCCAGCCAAGAAAAUCAAAUUUUCGGGGACUUUCACAACUACUCCUAUCAUUAUUGACAAUGGAAAUUAUGAAUGUCGUGCCGGUUAUUCACACCUUGAAGAACCUCAUAUAACUUUCCCAAACGUAGUAUACCGUCCACGAAUGUCAAAAGUAACUUUCUAUUUUGUUAGCAAACACUUAGGGUGUUCUUGUUGGGAAUGACAUUCAAGACCUGGAGUCUGUACGUCAUAGCCUGAAGUCUCCGUUCAUGGACAAUCUUGUCGUUAAUUUAGAUGUACAAGAACAGGUAAUGGGUCAUGUCUUCGACAAGCUCAAUGUCCAAGAGCCGCUUACUAAUCCUGUUGUUAUUAAUGAAGUAUUAUGCAAUCCCGGAGUAUGUAGAUCUCGCAAGUUAUUGUUUAUUUCUUAAUUUAUGCAGAGCUAACUGAGCUACUGUUUGAAACCUACAACGUCCCAAAGCUGAUGUUCUACGUUGACUGUCUUGCCUCCUACUAUAACUUUCAACGUUUUGAAAAUACCGAUCCAAAUGCUAACUGUCUCCUUAUAUCUUUUGGGUAUCAGAGAACUCAUAUCGUCCCUAUUAUCUCAUUCCGUAAUACAGAUACACCAUUAGUUUUUAAACCUUUGAUACGAGCCGCUCGUCGUCUCCACACAGGAGGUGCUCAUGCAAGCUGGAUGAUCCAGCGUUUGCUCCAGUUAAAAUAUCCUUCUCAUUCAGAACGUAUUACUACGGGACUAGCUGAGCCAUCAACCGAAGACUUGAAAGCACUGGCUGAUCGCAAACGUGCUCAAACUGAACGCUUAUUGAAUGUACAUCGAAAACGUCAACAAAAACAAUUUGAAUCAACUCGACAGCGCUUAGAUAAUCUUACUCAGGUGGAAAAUUUAAUGAAACAAGGCGAUUCUCCUAUUGUAAAGCAAAUUCUUUCCAACUUAGGUUUGUCAAAUGCGACGGAUUUAAGUCAUGAAAUUAACGCAUGUCAUAAAAUUAUGGAAAAGCUAAAAGCCCAACUGAAUCCUAGUAAAAUCGAGUCUACGUCAUCUAUCAAAAAGAUUGAAACGAAUAGCUAUGUUAAUGAUAAUCAAAAUGAUAAUGACGGUAAUGAUGAAAAAGAAUCGAUGGAUUUCGAUUCUGUUGAUGCAAGUCAACAAGAUGGGGAAUUUAAAUCGUCUUAUUCAUAUUUACUGGAAACGAUAAAUACUGUUUACACAAAUUCAUUUAACACGGUAACUAACGAAUUAACUGGUCGAUACAAACGUGCUGCUGAAUUAUUAAUCUCGCAAUCAUUACCAUCUGCUGUACAAUCACAAAUGUCUCUGAAUACAAGUUCAAGUGAUUGGAAGUUCACUGAGGCUAAACUUCGUCAUCGCAUUGAAAUGGCACGAGAAAUCGAAUUUAUAAAUGGUGAAGAUUUUUGUCUGUGGUUAAAUUCACUAAGAGAUCGUCGAUUGUAUGUAUCGAAGAAACGAGCUCAACGUCAAAGUCGCGUAGACUUAGCAACACAAAUAGGCCUUCAUACAAAUGAUCAGUUUGAUAUUGGAUCUGACCAAGAUAAUUUUACUAAUCAGUCUAGAUCUACACUUGGUACACAGCCAAGUAUUUCCGCUAAUAAUUCUGGACGUAAUGGAUUGAGUAGUGAUUCUACAAAUUCUGGAAUAUAUAGGCCUGAUGAAGAUAAAUAUGAUGAUUCCAAAAAAGUUUUAACAGAACGUCGUCGUAUGCAGUUGGAAAAAAUACGUGCUAUGGCAGCUGAAUUAAAACCAUCAAGAGGCCGUUCUCGAGGAAAUGGACGUGGUAUUCGGUCGGGUGCCGUAUCUCGUGGAUCUUUAAAACCACGUGGCCGUUGUCGAAUUUUACGUACUGAGAAUGACAGUCGUGUUCCUCCUCUGGAAAUAAAUCCUGUUACUGAUGAAAACGACACAUUAGGCGAGGAAAAUUCUGAUUUACUGGGUUUCGACGAUUCAAUUGAAAUGGAACAGAUUAACUCUUCGAAUAGUUUGAAUCGUCUAUGGGACCCUGAUGCUGAUGAAAAUACAAACGAAGAUUCCAGUCUCUCCAUUGUCACAAAAAAGACUAACACCAUAUCUGAUUAUCGUACUGAUAAUACAGGUGAUGAAAGUGAAAAUGAACGAGAUCAGUUGGCAGUUAUUGACAGUCUCUUGUCACUUUACGAUCCAGAAGCUUCAAAGGACUUGGGAGUUACAGAUUUAAGAGUUGAUUUAGAUCAAUUUUAUCAAAUCCAUGUUGAUACAGAACUAAUGCGAUCUCAUGAAGUUUUAUUUCAGCCAAGUUUUAUGGGUAGUUCAGAAGCUGGUCUCUCCGAUUGUUUAGAGUUUGUACUGCGAGAUACAUCACGUUUACUUGAUAAUUCAUCUGAGCCAAGCUUUCCUCAAAGAAUAUAUCUAACCGGUGGCGCUGCUGCUCUACCUGGUCUUGUCGACCGAAUUCGAUACGAUAUCAGGCCUUUAUUACCUGUUGGAUCAAAAUGGGAUAACAUUGAAGUUAUCGUAGCUGCUAAUCCUCAUUUGGACGCAUGGCAUGGAGCGCGUCAUUUCGCGAACUCAUCGUAUGCUGAAGAGUACUACACAACUAAGCAAAUGUAUGAAGAAUACGGUUCAUAUUAUUUUAAAGAUCAUCCUUUAGGUAAUCGUUAUUGGAUCAAUACAAACUGAAUCAUUUAACAUAAAAAACCGAUUGAUUCCUUGUAGAUAAGAUACCAGUGUACCACUGACUGCAUUCUUUGUUUUAUGUGAAAAAUCCGCUUCCAUAUAUUAUAUGUAAUUAGUUUUCAACAAACACAACUAUUCCACUUGAAUAAUUUAUGUAUUCUAUUAUACAAAUAGGUUUCAUAAAUGUAAUUCGGAUCGCAUUUUUUCCAUUUUUCAAUUCCAUGUUAUUUUCACAAUCUUAUUUAAUUAAGAAAUAAAAACUUUCCUUCUAUACUGUUCAACUGAAUUGUCAAGUAUUGCCUAGUUCCCGUUUCUGUCUAUUCAAUAAACAUAAAUCUGCAAAAUGUGGACUGACUGGCCAUAAGGAGGGAUUUCGCAAACACAGCAAACCCUCAUCGCAUUAUCGAAUGCCAAGAAGGAUUAAUUGUAUGCAUAUAUUAUCUGAAUCUAACCCCCAAUAUUUACUCAAGUUGAAUGCCAAAACAAGCAUUCUCCCAGUUUCUGGAAUGAUUUCCAAUACUUACUGACACUUGCUUUUGUAUUGUAUCGUACAUGGAAGUUGUUCUCACCCAAUCAAGUAGGAAAUUUCUACAUAACUAAAAAAGUUUUUAACUGACAUCUGCUACUUUUUACACAUGGACCAAUCAAGUAUUCUGACAUACACUUAGUUAUUUCACUGAGAUUUUUCUUUGAUAAAUGGUUUAAUGUAAUCGUUCUAAAUUUACUUUUU